AUCAAUCCAUCCCGACGCUACAACCAGCAGUGAUGACAGCAACGAGAGUACUGUCGUUAUGUCCAGCAAUGGAGACGAGGAGCUCUCACCAACAUCUAGACCAUCUCCAAAGCGCCAACCGUCACGGCACAUCGAAUUCAGAAAGUACCUGAAGCGACCUCAUCAGGAGACCCAGCGCACACUGAGCGAUGCGUUGAGAUUUGCAAAAAGCAGACAAGAGCAGGAGACUUUGUUGCCUGAAGAAGACUAUGCCGGGAGCGAUGGGUGUUUCAAUGGCCAAGGCCAGCCAACGACUGCACCAACGCCCGGUGCAAGCUCCAUCAAGAGUUAUCAAACGUACUUCAAUAUUCAUCGAAUACGAAGACUCAUGUUGGCCGUAAUUGAGGACCCUUACACGGUGGACCAACUACGAGAACCACGUAUGAAUGUCCUCAUUGUCAAACCACUUGUCGACCGUCUUUAUGACGAGGACGACAUAUCUAUUGUCUACUGUUUGCUCGUAAAUCGCAUGCAAUUCUUGCGAGAUCAACAGUUUCAGCAGCAUCAUCAAACUGUCGAUCUUACACGCGCCAAUCUCUGCGAAUUGGUCGCGAUGAAAAUCUUGCGGCGACACGAUGAAGAGUCUACGGGAAAAGCCGGCCUGUUGCUGCUGGCGCAGAUCUUAGUGGCGCCAUUCCAACCCUUCCAAGGAGCCCCUGAGGAGCGGUGUCCACCACGACACGUCUCCGAUUACCAAGGUCAAGGCGAAAAUGAGGGCAAGCUCACUGCUUUGGAAGUCGCCAUUGUGUCUGAGAGCAAAGUGCUACUCUCCGGUUCUGCAAGCCAGAAAGUCAUUGACGCGAUCUAUCGAGGGCGCAUCGUGUAUACACCGACUACAUUUAUGGACAUUAUUCCAGACCACUACAAGUACAAGCCCAUCUCACUUUACGACCCAAGAAAGGCACCCGUACUCAACCAGUAUCGGCUCAUGGUUCCAAGGACGCGCAACAUGAUCGAAGUGGUUCAGUUUCUCAUACUGUUGGUCUUGUACUGCUGGUGCAUGUCAGUGAGGAAGGAUCAUUUCCUUACCUGGCCUGAGUUGAUCUUCAUGGUUUAUGCUGCGGGCUGGGUGCUAGACGAGCUGACAUCAUGUCUCGAACAUGGAUGGGAAGUGCAUACCCAGGAACUGUGGGCUUUUCUAGAUGUCACGUUCUCUGCCAUAUUCAUUAUCUACAUUUGGAUGCGGUUCCACGGCUGGAUAACAGGACAAGACGAGACUGGACGACAAGCCCUCGAUGUCCUUGCCGUAGCCGCGCCUAUUCUUUUUCCGCGUAUCGCGUUCAAUCUGAUGCCAGACAAUAUGCUUUUUAUCGCCCUACGAGCCAUGGUCAAAGAAUUCACGGCAUUGAGUCUGAUCGCUGUCUGGUGUUUUGGUGGUUUCCUCUUGGCGCUCAAAUGGCUGAGCAUCAGCAACCCCGAAGUUGGUUAUGAAGAAUCACCAAACUCGAUUACCAUUUCCAAGUGGAUGUUGUGGAUCUGGUUCGGUCUUGACGGUACGGGAAUCGACGAAGCGCCUGGCUUUCAUGAGAUUCUCGGCCCUGCACUCAUGGUCGUCUACGCAUUUCUUGGUAACACCCUAUUCCUGACCGUUUUGGUGUCAAUCUUGUCAAACACCUUCUCCAAGAUCGCAGCCGAUGCGACGGCAGAGAUUCAGUUUCGCCGCGCUGUCUUGACCUUUGAAGGUGUCAAGUCCGACUCCCUUUUCGCUUAUCGCCCGCCCUUUAACCUUCUCGCCUUUGUAAUACUUCUUCCGCUGAAGUUCGUCCUCUCACCACGCUGGUUCCAUAAGAUUAAUAUAACAGCAGUCCGAACCUUGAACUUCCCUAUUCUUCUUUUUAUCACUUACUAUGAGCGCCGGUCGCUGUGGAAACCUAUCCGCCAACUCAACGUCAAUGGUCCCGGGCCCUCGAAACGCACCACAUUUGGAUUCUGGCAGAGCUGGAAACAAUUCAGUCCCCACGCUGAUUUGCAGGCCGUGUUUGAGGAGGAGCCUCCCCAAGACGUGGUGACGCGGAUUGAAGAGGAGGAUGAUCUCGAAGAUGCCAUUCUUGAGAAUAGUUUUGCACCGACAAAUGCGGUCGGCACAAGGAGCGUCAGUCCCGGCAGUGCAAUGACGGGAAGAAGGAGAAGGCUGAGUAGUGUAUGGCCUGGACCUAACGCAUAG